AUGGCCCCCAGAUCCUUCCCCAUCCCGGCCUCCAUCCUCACAGCCCUCUCGCUCCCCCCUCCCACCGACCCCUCCAAAACCACCCUCUCCCCCCACGGCUCCGGCUCCGGCUUCACAUCCACCGCACACCUCCACGCCCUCGUCCCGGACCCAGCCAACCCGGCCCAAGAUGUCGAGAAGCACUUCUUCAUCAAGACCGCCAACCCCCGCGCCUCGCUCCCCGAUCCCAGCAUGGAGAUGGCUCGCGGCGAGUUCGCGGGCUUGAACGCUAUUGCGGAGGUGGUGCCGGGCUUGGGUCCGCGCGCGCUGGCGUGGGGGCAGAUUAAGUAUGAUGAGGAGAAGGAGGAGGGCGAGGGGUGGUUUUUGGCGACGGAGUUUUUGGACUUGGGCGGUCGCCGUGGGAAGCGGGCUGGGGAUGGAGCGGUGGUGCUGGCGAGGAGGUUGGCGGCGUUGCAUUCUAGGCCGGCGCCACCGCCGCCCACGAAGGUGGCAGCGGAGAUGAACAUCGUGAACAUCGCGCAGGGAGAUGCGGCCACGGGCAGUGGCGUGACGCCGCAGUUUGGAUUCCCCGUGCCGACGUUCUGCGGAGACGUGCGGCAGGAGAAUGCGUUUCGGCGGUCGUGGGCGGAGUUUUACGCCGAGCAGCGGCUGCGGAGUGUGCUGGCGGAGUCGGAGAGGAGGAAUGGGGCGGAUGGUGGUCUGCGGGAGCUGGUGGAGAGGGUGGCGCGGGUUGUGGUGCCGAGGUUGUUGGGGGAUGGUCAUCUGGGGUAUGAUAAGAACGGAAAGGGGAGUUGGAUUGUGCCGGUGGUGGUGCAUGGGGAUUUAUGGAGUGGGAAUGUGGGCAGGGGGAGGGUGGUGAGGAAUGAGGUUCGAGAUGCGAAUGGUAAUGGGGAUGGAGAUGGGGAGGUUGGCGAUAUUGUUUAUGAUCCGUCGGCUUGCUAUGCACAUAGUGAGUUUGAAUUGGGGAUCAUGAAGAUGUUUGGAGGGUUUGGCAGGGACUUCUAUGAGGAGUAUCACCGCCUGGUGCCCAAGACGGAGCCGGUUGAGGAGUAUUCUGAUCGAGUCUCGCUCUAUGAACUGUGA